CUGGAAGCCUGUGAGGAGACCAAGGAUCAGAGCUCACCCUCCCGUGACCCUGGCAGGAGUUGAGAGACAGAAGGUGGCAGCUUCAGCAACAGGAUGUCCACAGGACACGAGAACACAGAAUCUAUAUUCCGGCUCUUCAGAAUACUUAAAUUGGACAUUUCAGAUGCAAUAAAAGAUUUAUUUCCUUUUCUAGAGGUCCUCCGUGACAACAAUGUCAUCAGCGAUAAACAGUAUGACGAUUUUCAAGAAUCCCAUGGAAACCUGAUCCCUGUACAAAAAGUGGUCUACAAAGUCUUGAAAGAACUGGAAGAGAAACAUGACCUGGAGGCUCUAGGGUUAUUGUUCUGUAAGCAAAAUAUGAAGGCAUACCCUGAUUUGGAACGCAUUUUUAAAAGAUUUAAAAAUGUUUUACCACAGAACGAAUUUUGGUCCGAAGAAAUUGAUAGAAGAGACCGGAACUCACAGCUCAGUGUUGAACAAGGACCUGGUGACAGCUGCUCUCAAGAAAGCCUGACCUGGUCACCCUCAGGUCCCUCCUCAUCUGAUGGCUGGAGAAGUACCCAGGGAACCCAAACUGAGAAUCGCCAAUUCUCCAUCCCUCAGAUUCACAGUGUUGUGAGUUUAUCUGAAAACGGACUCUCAGAAGACCUCUAUGAAGUAGUAGACGUGAAAGAAGAUACCACCGGCGACGACAUUGAUGGACUGCAAUGGCCCCAAGCAACCAGACCGCCAGGCCCAGGUUCUGAGCCGGAGGAUUCCUGUGAACUAAAAGUCCAACUGAGUGACAGAGAUGCAGGCCUGGAGCCUCACAUCCCAUUGCCCUGCAGCAACGAAAGAGCAGCGAUUCCCAGCCAUGGGAUCCACACUAGCCCCUGUUCUGUGCCUAUGAAAAAUAUAAAGCAAGAAAAUUCUUCAUUUUUUUUGGAUGAUGAACAUCAGACCCAUUCAAGGACCGACCACAAUCAGGCCUCUGAGGUAAUAGACCUUACCAGAGAUAAUCCUGAUGAUGGACCCAGAUGCUCGGAGGAAUCUACCUCAGUCACCGGCCAGUCAAGGGAAAAGACAGACAGAAUUGGAAAAUACAUAAUUCGAUACUUCAAAAUGCCAAUGGACACAAGCUGGAAAAAAAAAGCUUACACGGGGAGACAUAUCAACAGUUCUUCACGAAGAGGCAGAAAACGAGGUCCAAGAAUUCCCAAACAAAACAAUGUGGAUUUUAACCGUCCUGAGCUUCCGGUGACCUGUGGUACUGCUAAGGGGACUCUGUAUAGGGAGAAAUUUAAGAAAGGCAUCUAUGAGAAGAGUAUACGGAGCGAGACUGGACGUUGGUUGACUCCCAAGGAGUUUGAAAUCAAAGGAGAUCGCCAAGACUCGAGGAACUGGAGGCAAAGCCUGCGUUGCUAUGGAUGGCCCCUUGGAGAGUUGAUAAAGAAAGAAUUGCUACCGAACCCACGAAGGAAAAAGGAAAAGCUGGAAAAUUCAAGACAUUGUAUGGUAUGCGGCGGGCGACGGAAAUUGCGCCCUUGUGUUAGUUGUAGAAAAUUCUAUCAUAAGACUUGCCACAUCCCACCUGUGGAAGACAAGAGUGACCCUUGGAGUUGUGUCAUCUGCAAGAUAAAGGAUCAGGCAAAGUGCCAAGAAAAUCAAGCACGCCAUAAGGAAUCUGAGGUCCUGAAGAGGAAGAUGUUGCCUGAGGAGCAGCUGAAAUGUGAGCUGCUUCUCUUGACUGUCUAUUGCCAUUCAAAAAGUGUCUUUUUUAAAUUCAAACCAAAGCAAAGGAAAGAAGACUUUCCAGCCCUCCAGGAACACAUGUGGUUAGAAAAAAUUAAGAACAAGCUGAACAAGAAGGCAUACCACUCGGUACAACAUUUUGUUGCAGAUAUGCGCCUCAUCUUUCAGAACCACAGCAUAUUUUACAAAAAUCACAGGUUCAGCAACCUUGGACUCAAAGUAGGAAGUCUAUUUGAGGAGACUUUCAAAAGAAUUUUUUCAAUCCAAGGUACAAGCAAAUAACAUCAAACGUGUAAGCACAUGAGUGGCUUUGUUCUCAUCAUCCUUUGUAUUCCGUCCAUCACCCAACCCUCCAGCCGUCAACUGCACAGUGCUCAGAGAGCCCACCCUCCCUUUUGCCCUUCUGUGUAUACGCCCUGCCAACCUUCUACUUCCGACUUUCUGUAUUGUCCUUCCAGUUCCUGUUUAUUUACCUUCCUAAAUAAAACUUAACGUUUGCAAUGUACACCACAAUGCUGAGCUGUCCGGUGCUGAGGGAGCCCACUGAGAAGGUGACUCUGGAAGCAGAGAUGUACCCCUCCCCAAUUUUAAACCCAAGUAUACUGCCCCAAAUGUCUCCAAAGCAUCUUUUCUAAGGAUGACCUGGCCCUUUGAACCAGUGACUGAGUGGAGAUACCAACAAAACAGACCAAAUAUGAAAACAGUGUCCUUGGGAAGAACUAGAAGGUGAACCAUGGCAAACAGAUAUUACAGUUGUUUAUCCUGUGUAAAAUGGAAAGGAGAAGCUGGAGAGAAAACCCAGCUGGGAACUGUGGCUGACUGCUCGGCUUCCACAGACAGUUUCUGCUGACUGUCUUGAACAUCCAAUUUGAUAAGGUUGUCUCUCAGUUUCUGUUUAUUCUUCAACCUGGAAGCCUCACCAAAUGCUAACUCUGGUCUGCCCUGGACUCCACUGGGAACUCCAGACCCCACCCUCACCAAUUCUACAGACAUCCCCAGUCAGUUCCCCCUGGAUAUUCCAAGUACAUGAUGAGCAAUGAUCUGUUGUUUUUCUCUUUGGCUUGUUACAUACUUAAUAAACUCAUUCA